GGCCCGGCGGCGAACGCCCGCAGGGAGAGCGGUGCUGCGCGGCGAGCAUCGGGGACCGCAUCGGCGGCCGGCGCCCAGGCCUUGCCAUCCCCAAUGGCACAAGUUCAAGGUGAAGUGGACAACAUGGAGGGCCCACCAGCCUCCAACAACAACAACAACCCUGCAGCCCGCUGGGAGAGUCCAGAUAGGGGCUGGGAUCGGGAACCUCCAGCGGCUGCCAACACCACUGCGGCUUCCCUCUUCGAGUGCUCUAGGAUCAAGGCCUUAGCAGAUGAGCGAGAGGCUGUGCAGAAGAAAACCUUCACCAAGUGGGUGAAUUCGCACCUCGCCCGCGUGGGCUGCCACAUCGGGGACCUCUAUGCAGACCUUCGGGAUGGGUUUGUGCUUACUCGGCUCCUGGAAGUGCUGUCCGGGGAGCAGCUGCCGAGGCCCACUCGCGGUCGCAUGCGGAUCCACUCGCUGGAGAACGUGGACAAGGCCCUGCAGUUCCUGAAAGAGCAGCGUGUGCACCUGGAGAAUGUGGGGUCACAUGACAUCGUGGAUGGGAACCACCGGCUGACGCUGGGGCUGGUCUGGACCAUCAUCCUGCGCUUCCAGAUCCAAGUCAUCAGAAUCGAGACAGAAGACAACAGAGAGACCCGCUCAGCCAAGGAUGCUCUGCUCUUGUGGUGCCAGAUGAAAACGGCUGGUUACCCUGAGGUAAACAUCCAGAAUUUCACCACCAGCUGGAGAGAUGGCCUGGCCUUCAAUGCCCUCAUUCACCGUCACAGGCCUGAUCUUGUGGACUUCAGCAAACUCACCAAGUCCAACGCCAACUACAACCUGCAGAGAGCUUUCCGCACAGCCGAGCAGCACCUGGGGCUAGCACGUCUGCUGGACCCCGAAGACGUGAACAUGGAGGCUCCAGAUGAGAAGUCCAUCAUCACCUAUGUGGUCUCCUUCUACCACUACUUCUCCAAGAUGAAGGCUCUGGCUGUGGAGGGAAAGCGAAUUGGGAAGGUCCUGGACCAAGUGUUGGAAGUGGACAAGAUCAUAGAGCGCUACGAGGAGCUGGCAGCGGAGCUGCUGGCCUGGAUCCACCGCACCGUGGGCCUCAUCAGCAACCAGAAGUUCGCCAACUCCCUGAGUGGGGUGCAGCAGCAGCUGCAGGCGUUCACCGCCUACUGUACGCUGGAGAAACCCGUCAAGUUUCAGGAGAAGGGGAACUUGGAGGUGCUACUCUUCAGUAUCCAGAGCAAACUGCGCGCCCACAACCGGCGCCUCUUUGUGCCUCGGGAAGGCUGUGGCAUCUGGGAUAUUGACAAGGUGAGCGCCUUAGUUUGUGUUUAUUGCUGUGAAGAGACACCAUGA